UCUGCUGCUUCAGUUAACAUGUUUUUUGGAGUCCCGUCUCCAGUCUUGCAUCGAUACUUCCCACGCAAGACUUCUUGAGGACCGAUCUUUCUCAUGUGUUGUUGAUCGGAGUCGAACUCCUCGCCCUCGUUCUCGAAUAUCGCGACUCUUCUGUCCCCACCCUCGUUGUAUUGUACCACGCCGGUGUCUUCAACCUCCCUCCUUUGAAUUACGUCCGAUGGCACGAUCAUUUGCUAUAGUUACUUCUCGAUUGGCUUUCUGCCAGUUAUUGCUGCGACGCACCCUGUUCUGGUGAACUUCCCGAUUGUCUUAUAUUCCAACCAUGGCCGCCAUUAGGUCUUCCUUGCGCCGGCGGCGAUGGUCACUAGCAGACACAUAUGGCUUCAUAGCAACCUAUCUCAGCAAGAUCGAGCCUCGUGAACACUACCCGCCUGUUGUGCACCCAGCGUCUCUAGGCCAGACGCGCGCCUUUCAAACUUCACAAUCUCGGACGUCACGUUCAAAUCAUGGCAUUAGAGCCGAUAAUCUACAUAGGCCAGGAUCGGCGGGCAAAGAGUCUUUAGCUCGUGGCCAGCAGAAUCAUCUAGGAAAGAGAUACUUCCACGAUUACUUCGUCACGAACCUCCCUUCUUCCUCCCUCCAUCCCGACUCUCAAUCGGCUACCGGCCCUCAUCACAAAUUGCCUCGCGCAGCCUCUAUUCCCCAUAAUCCAGAGUCAGGACCCUCUCCUGCCGCAGCUCCGCCAAUGGUCGGGGCGUCGCGUGAACUUACGGUCGUACGAAUCCCGCUACGGAGCGCAAAACAUCAUUUUGGAGUCUCGGUUUCUCGAGGGUCACGGCCAUACAAUGAAGAUACAUAUCAAGCGGGAACACUUGAUGUUCCGGCUUUUGCGAAGAGGGCACCUAUAAGUCUGAGUCGUUCAGGAGCGACAGUCGUCGGGGGAACGUCGGCUGAUAGCGCAAGGGGCGAUCCACAAGUCUUCUAUUUUGGGGUCUUUGAUGGGCAUGGUGGGAACGAGUGCAGUGACUUCUUGAGGGAGAGGUUGCAUAGCUAUAUUGAGAAUACCGCGGAGCUCUUCGAGCUUGGAUCGAGCUUGAAGAGCAAGAAGGGGCGGGAUGUCGGAGGCCCUAGCGCGCAGCAUGGUGCGGAGAGUGAGCUUUCAUCUAAAGGGAGGGAGAGCCUAGGAAAGGUUGUGGUUAAGAGCAAAGAGGAGGUUCAGGAAUCUCUGAACCUGCCACAUCGUGGUCAAGACGGACGGAUGAUCAACCCACCGGCCAGUCCAGCUCUCGGGAGCGAGAAGCCAGUGGCCGCAGGGUCGAACAAACCAAAAGCAGUCGAGCUCGAGCGAUCUCUGGUAGCGCAAUGGAGAGAAACAGUGGGAGGAUACUUCCGCCGCUUCAGGCCUGCAUACUUCUCCAUGCCAUCCUCAUCCGUGGACGACCCGCCCAGCGAUUCCCCCGUCUCCAUGGAGGCGGUCCUCAUGUACGCCUUCCUCAAGGCGGAUCUCGAUUUCGUGGUUGCGCAAGCCCGCAAGCCCGACCCCGACAGCCCCAGCGACAGACCCCUCAACGCCGACGACAUUCUCGGCGAACCGGCGCGCAUCACCGACCACCAAAUCGGUGGGCCCAAACGCUUCAUGGGCGGCUCUACGGCCUCCAUCGCCAUGAUCUCCACGCCGACGCCGACGCCCUUCUGGCACCCGGCCUCCCCCUCAACCCUCAUCGUCGGCCACGUCGGCGACACCCGCAUUCUCCUCUGCGACACGGCCACCGGGCUCGCCAAACCCGUCACCACCAACCACCACCCCAGCUCGCCCAUCGAAGGCAACCGGCUCCGUCGCUACGCCGCGACCUUCGUCACCGACUCGUUCGGCGAAGAGCGCAUGUCAGGACUAGCCAACACGCGAGCCUUUGGCGACAUGCGCUCAAAACGCAUCGGGGUCUCAGCAGAGCCCGAAAUCCUACGCCUCGAACUGUCACCCGCCGAGUACAGCUUCCUGGUGCUGGUCUCGGACGGCGUGUCGGGCACGCUCACGGAUCAGGAGAUUGUGGAUAUCGUCAAGGAAGCGAAGACGCCGGAGCAGGGCGCGCGCGACGUGGUCGGGUUCGCGACUGAGGUUAGUAAGGAGGGCGAUAAUGCGACGUGUCUAGUGGUUCGGCUUGGCGGGUGGGAAAGGAGACUUGAGGGGGGCAUGGGGGGUAUGGCGACGAAGGAGGUGAGGGAUUUUAGGAGGAGGGAUGCGUUGGAUCCGAGAAGGGGGAGGACGUAGGACGGGAAAGAGGCUUUGUAUAUGUUGUGCGUGUUGGGGGCGUAGGAGCUGAUGAUUGAUAUAUUUACUUAUUUUGCUUGCUCCUUUGUUUGUGUGUUUGGUUUAUCUGCUUGGUUGGUUGGUUUGGUUGGUUUGGUUUGGUUUGGUUUAAAGAGAUAUGUAUAUAGACAUGUACCUAAAUGAUGAAUGAGUAUAAGAAUGAAUGAAUGAAUCGAUACC